CGCUGGCCCCGUCGUGUGGUGAAGGUGAUGCAGUGAAGGGAGAGUCUCGGUCCGUCGUGCCUGCCCAGGCGGGGAUCCUUCCAUGGACCGAAAGCGAUCCUUCGUGAAUCCCUUCCAUCGGCCAUGGAUGAGGGGGAAUUCCGCGGCUGCGACCCCAGGCUCGACCAGCAAAGGCCUCAAGGGAAUCGUUGCAGGUGGCAUCACCGGGGGAAUCGAGAUCUGCAUCACUUUCCCGACCGAAUACGUGAAGACCCAGCUGCAGCUCGACGAGAAGAGGGGCGAGGUGAAACGCUACAAUGGGAUCGUCGACUGCGUGCGAAAGACCGUCAGGGGCUACGGGAUCCUCGGUCUCUACCGGGGCCUCUCGGUCCUUCUCUACGGAUCCAUUCCCAAGUCUGCCGUCAGGUUUGGUGCAUUUGAGGAACUGAAGAAGAUGAACGUCGACGAACGAGGGAACCUGGCCCCUCACAAACGACUCCUCUGCGGCCUUGGGGCCGGGGUGGCCGAGGCCAUCUUCGUCGUGACCCCCAUGGAGACAGUUAAGGUGAAGUUCAUCCACGACCGCACGUCUGCAAACCCCCAGUUCCGAGGCUUCUUCCACGGCGUCUCGACCAUCGUCAGGCAGCAAGGCCUGCGGGGAACAUACCAGGGCCUGACACCGACGAUCGCGAAGCAGGGCAGCAACCAGGCGAUACGCUUCUUCGUCAUGGAGACCCUCAAGGACUGGUGGCGCGGCGGGGACCCCAACAAACCCGUCAACAAGCUCCUCACCGGGGCGUUCGGCGUCGUGGCUGGUGCCGUCUCCGUCUUCGGGAACACGCCCAUCGACGUGGUCAAGACUCGCAUGCAGGGACUGGAAGCGAAGAAGUAUCGGAAUUCGGUGGACUGCGCCAUCCAGAUCUGGAAGCAUGAGGGACCGACUGCGUUCUACAAGGGGACGCUGCCUCGCAUGGGUCGGGUGUGCAUGGACGUGGGCAUCACCUUCAUGAUCUAUGACUCCUUCAUGGAGUUCUUCAACAAAGCCUGGAAGUGAGGGGGUUUUUUCCUUCCAGGCACUCUGGAGCCCUCCGAUCAACAGCCGAUCUUGCGAGACCUGUCCUUUCGGGUGCAAUAAUGGUUUUUGUGGUUGAUGUCUUUUUUUUUGUUGCUUCAGGGCAGAAGAAUGCAGGGAUGUCAGCGAAGUUGCCACUCCUUGCAGUUGUUUGUUGUCUGGUGGCAUCAAGGACUCAUUUAAUGUUAGGUCCUUUGAUAUUGUGUUUUCAGAUGGCUUUUCUUGUUAGUUCAAAAAUAUGAGGUGAGAGAUGGAUACAAAUAUGGAAGGUGGGGCACUUGAUGAGGGCAGAGAAUCAAUAAUAAUUGGAUGGGGGAUUGGGAUUUCUCACUCAUGGCAUCUCCAUCCAAGAGUGGGCACCCCAGAUGUUCACUGUGGAUUACCCAUGUACUAAGCUGUUACUGAAUUGUAAUAUCCUAUACAGGGUUUUCUUGGUUUUGAACCAUUGUAUUCACCUCUAUGCAAUGCUGCUCUUCGCACAAAAAAUAAUACUUCGAACAUGCCUGCAGAGUCUCAUCUUGGGUGCUUCCAAAUAACGGGAUUCUUUGAAUUCCUAUUUUGAAUCUUGAUUCUUUUGUGAUUUCAGCAUGUUUGGUUGGUUUUUGCCCACCUCAUCUCAAUGACAUCUCUGCAUUCGCCCUUUCUGUUUUGAAUGGGGAGCUCAUCCCCACAUUUCUUGCCGAAAAGCUUAGAAUCUCUAGUCAAGGAGACUCAUAUCCAAAGAAUCUCCUAUCGAUCCUUUGACAUAUACUCUCAGGGUUUUUAGAAGCGAUGCAACUAGAUGCCAGAUGGAGCGGCACAGGCCGGUAGAAGUGUUGUCGAGUGUUUCUGACAAAAAUCGCUACAUAUCUGCUUGCUGUGAUGUGAAUACUAAGAACACCAUUCCAAACCCAAGCUUUCUGAAUUCAGAGUUUCCAAAUAUGAAGUUUUUUAAUGGUAUAUAUGACUUUAUUUUAUAGAUUAUAUACGCAGGUGUCAAAAUCUUCAUACGAUGAAGCAUCUUGUGCCAUUCCCGGUUACAUUCCCGAUUGCAAAUUGUCUCACCGCACCAGGCGGCGAUGAGCAUUCGUCCUUUCUGUGAUGUAGUAUAGUUCCCUUUUACGUUUACAACUCUCAGAGGGGUAGCGAAAGAAAACGACAUAUCAGGUCUGCCUUGAAUCGCUGCAUAUCCAUCCCGCCUCGACUCAUCUCAACGGAGAAGCUUUGUUCUUGGAAUGUCGAUGUGCUUUAAUAUUUAGGGGCUUUGAAUGUGACUAUGUGGUAUGACAUAUCUGAAAAGUAUUAUGAUACAAAUAUGUUUGAGAGGUGAUGGUUUAAUAAAGACAUGACUUAGAGUUAGUAACCCUGUGAAUUCUGAGUUUAUUCUUUGCAAUUCCUUUUCAAAAGGGACAACUCUGAUGAAACCUAUCCAUUCUGUUUUUCUCAUUUUUGUUGCCCUGUAGUGAAAAAUUGAAGCCAUUGUUUUCUUACCUGGAAGAGAUUAUUUCUGUGCCCCUUGAAGAUGUAUGCUUCUUCACAC